CCCCCACUUUCUUCUCGUUAUCUUCGCUCUCCACUCCUCAUUCCGCCGCGGCUCCGCCACACGCACAUCGGCCUCCGGAAAUCCGCCAUGCCUACUGUCAGUGUUGUCAGGGAUCGUCUCUUCGCAGCCCUAGGAAAAUCUUACACACAAGAGGAGUUCGAAGAUUUGUGCUUCCGAUUUGGUAUUGAGCUUGACGAUGUGACAACGGAGAAAGCUAUAAUUAGGAAAGAAAAGCAUUUGGGCGAAGAGGAAGCGGAUGAUGAUGAGGAAGUCAUAUACAUUGAAGUUCCUGCUAACAGAUAUGAUUUGCUUUGCCUUGAAGGGCUAGCUCAAGCCCUUCGCAUUUUCAAUAAGCAGCAGGAGAUACCAACUUACAAAGUGGCUAACAUCAGUAAGGAUUCAAUGCUUAAAAUGUAUGUAAAGCCAGAGACAUCUAAGAUUCGUCCUUUUGUUGUAUGUGCUGUUUUGAGAGGUAUUACUUUCGAUGAAGCAAGUUAUAAUAGCUUCAUUGAUCUGCAAGACAAGCUUCAUCAAAAUAUUUGCCGACGAAGGACCCUAGUUGCAAUUGGAACUCAUGACUUGGAUACAUUACAAGGCCCAUUCACGUAUGAGGCUUUGUCUCCAUCAGAUAUAAAUUUUGUGCCACUGAAACAAGUGAAAAGUUUCAGAGCUGAUGAACUGAUGGAGUUUUACAAAUCAGAUCUGAAAUUGAAGAAGUUUCUGCACAUAAUUGAGAACUCACCGGUCUUCCCUGUUAUAUAUGAUAAUAACAGAACGGUUUUGUCUUUACCGCCAAUUAUUAAUGGUGCACAUUCAGCAAUCACUCUAAGGACAAAGAAUGUUCUCAUUGAAUGCACGGCAACUGACUUAACGAAGGCUAAGAUUGUGUUGAACACAAUGGUGACAACAUUUUCAGCAUACUGUGAGAGAAAAUUUGAGAUCGAACCUGUGGAAGUGAUUUAUUUUGAUGGAAAGUCACAUGUCUAUCCUGAUUUAGCAGUCUACAAUAUGGACGUUCCUCUAUCUUAUAUCACUGGGUCAAUUGGAGUUUCUUUGGAGGCUGAGGAGGAUGUUGCUAUUGCUUACGGUUACAAUAACAUUCCAAAGAGAAAGCCUGCAUCUUUGAACCCGUUGCCCUUGAAUGAGCUCAGUGAUCUCAUAAGAUCAGAGAUUGCAAUGAAUGGAUUCACAGAGGUGUUAAUGUGGAUUUUGUGCUCUCACAAAGAAAAUUUUGCCAUGCUGAAUAGAAAAGAUGAUGGCUCAGCAGUUACCAUUGGGAAUCCUCGUUCCUCUGAUUUUGAGGUUGUUCGAACCAGUCUUAUGCCUGGCAUAUUGAAAACAGUAGGAUACAACAAAGACCAUGCAAAGCCUAUAAAGAUUUUUGAAGUGGGUGAUGUAACUCUGUUGGAUGAAACAAAAGAUGUUGGUGCAUCAAAUCGCCGUCAUCUGGCAGCAUUGUAUUGUGGUGCUAACUCUGGAUUUGAGUUGAUUCAUUGCCUGGUAGACAGGAUUAUGGAAGUGAUGGGAACUCCUUUUGUUCCUGUUGGUGAAAAUACUGGAUAUUAUAUACAGAGAUCAGAUGAACCUGAGUUUCUUCCUGGUAGACAAGCCAGCAUAAUUUUUCACGGGAAACACGUCGGCAAUUUUGGUAUUGUGCACCCUGAGGUUUUGAAUAACUUCGACAUACCUGAUCCGUGCUCUUUUAUGGAAAUCGACAUCGAGAGUUUCCUGUAGCUAUUAAUUCCAGGAAAUCGACAAGUUUCUUGUAGCUCUUAAUUCCAACACAGUGCAGUUCUAUUGGCUAUUCAUGAUGGUGUUUUGAAGUUGGGAUUUUGGGAACUGAAAGCCAUUGGCCAACUGGAGGAGUGGAAAGGUUUGAUUGAUAUAGCUUCCUUACUUCAUCAAAACAUUGUUUUGAACUAUGUUAUUUUAGGUUAACCCUUCAAAAUAUGCUAUGUUCUCAGCAUCUUUACUCAGGUCGGAAUGCGUCAGGAUUUCUGAAUCUAUGAUUUAUGAUGUUUGCUAAUUCAAUGACUAUUUGAUGUUGAAAUCA